ACUGGACACUCCACUGAAAAGAUGAAAUUAUGAGGGCAGAGCUAGAUUGAGGAAAUUAUGGACUACAGAGAAGCCUUCUUAACUGCUUGGAGGGACUUUCAUCCGAAAGGCAAGCUUCCUGACACAGACUUUUUGCAAUUUUGUGAUUUUGAUGGAGAUUUCGCAUCUGACGAACAUGUUUUGGAGCGUUUCAAUUUGUGCAAUGAAAGACUUGAGGACGCUAUUCGCGUGUUUAAAAGCGAAGGAUUUAUUUUAAAAUGGCUCAGAGAGGUUCUUAACGUUAACAUCUCUAAAGGAAGAGAUUUAGAACUCGAAAGAGUGCUAAACGUGUUCUUUCCAUGCGAACUGAAUCAGCCUGUGUCGUGUCCGCAGGACAUUGCCUCGCCUUCCGUUGCCAUAGAAGACGUAAAAAAAUCGGAUCGGGACGGUUUUGAGAAGUCGUCCCCGCUUGAAGACGAAGAGAAAUAUUUAAACAAUACUUUUGCACCUGAUGAAGAGUGCAAGGAUUUUAGAAAAGACGCUAAAGUGAUAUUUCCUCCUCGUGACGAGCCAAAACUCGCUUUGGACGGAAGUGACGGGGAGUCGUGUUUCAACGACAACAUACAGGGGACGUCUGGGGUCGACUCUGGUAAAUUAUUUAGUAGCGAAAAUAAUGAAUUCGAUGAAGAGAAAAGCUCGUCACACGAUGGCAUUAAUAUAGCUGAGGGUAAUAAACUUUCCGCCAAUAACAAUACAGAAAAGGAAAGUGUAAACGAUGUCGGGUUAACAAGGAGAAAUGAUCAGAGAGACCCCACGGGUUCUUCAGAAGACGAAGAACCAGAAAUGGGGGACGAAACGCCAAAUUUAAAUUAUCCUGAACGAAAGAAACCAACUGGUCAUAGAAAUCGAGCUCUUGCCAGUGUGUUCUCACCUCUAGCGAAGGGGAUCAACAAAGCUAAAUCGAAAGGAAAGAGUUAUUUAACGCGUCCGUCCGGCCCAAAACAUAGGCGACAUGAUUCUCACGGCAGCACGACAAGUGGCGAUGAUGUGGACUUUUCAGAUCAUGCCGAAAGUAAAACUUCCGAAAAUCUUGAAAGUGAAAUUUUGUCAGAUUCUAACGAGGUUGAUGUGAAGUCACACGAUAUUUGUGCGGCAAAUCAGUUUAAUAUGGCAGAUGAAGGCGAUAGUUGUUUGGCUCCUAUCGAUCGAGGAAGUCAUGUUGACUUUACAAGACAGGGAUUCUCGGAGAACAAUGCUUUGGACAAGAAAGACUCAAUCUCUGAGGAAGACAGGUGCAAGAAAGAGAAGAUAGCUGAAACACCCGACGUAAUUAUCGAAGUUGUUGAUGAAUUGAUAUCCUACUUGGAAGGAAUCGAGGUCGUGAGUAGCGAUGAUCUCGAAGGGGAAUCGCCCCAUGCGUCUGAGGGAGAUGACUUUAUGCUAUUUGGCGGGGUAAUAAGACCACGGAAACCCCUACGAUCACGAAGACAACUCGAUUCCGUUCUCUCUGCGGGUAACGUUAGUUUGAUGAGCGCUGACUCUUGCAUGAGUCCAUGGGCUAUAGAUGUUGCUGUCUCUGAAAUGCAGUCAGCUGAUUCAUCAGAACAAGAAGACAAUGGAAAUGAUUCCAAUGAUGUCGGACCCACUGAGAGGGCUUCCCCUAGUCACCAUGUAAAAGAAAUAUCCAAGCAGCCAAAUGUGGAGGCUUCACCUCCACCUAUCAGACCUCCACGGCGUAGUAAGACUGAGAGGCGGUCCCGCACUGUAGGCUCACCAAAGAAACUAGGGCCAGUCAGUGCUGAUGAUGAUGAUGUCUUUGGAAAAGAUGACAAGGGAUAUGAGGGGGACUAUGACUCUCUCCCUCGUUUGCCAAAGAGGAGUGCUAGUGAGGUAGUUCGUCCUCGGAGCCAGGGUUCAGAAAAUGAAGAACUCAAGAAACUGCGCAAAGCAAGAGGGGCCCAUGUUGUUAUUGGAGAUCAUAGUGUUGAUUUUUCAUCUUCGCCUGUCCCUUCUCCUGGUGGAAGUCCUGCAAAACAUGUGGAUCCUGGUGCUGGAGACAAAGCUGAAAAGCUGCACAAGAGAAAGUGGGUUGUUGCUGGAGUGCUGGAUGGUGAGAAAGGAUAUUUGGAAUGUCUAAACUUAUUAUACAAACACAUGAAGCCUCUAAAGUUUUCCAUUGAAUCAUCACAUCCAAUCUUGACCUCAGUUGACUACAACAAGAUUUUCCACAAACUUGAUGAACUGCAUACUAUGCACAGUGCAUUUUAUAAUGAACUUGAGACACGUGUGUCACACUGGAGCGACCGUCACCUUAUAGGAGAUUUAUUUUUGAGUUUGGUGGAUCAGUUUGAUGUGUACAGAGAAUACAUAUCAAACUACAAUACUGCAAUGUCGACAGUACGUAAAUGCAAGGCAAGCAAUGAACAAUUCAACAACAUCUUUUCUAAGGAACUUAGAGUUCAAUCCAUUCAAGAAGUGACAACAUUAGAAGCUCUUUUCAACAAACCAGUGGAACGAGUUGGCCGCUAUAUUGCUGUCCUAAAGGACUUGAUCAAAGAAACUCCUGAGGAGCAUGCGGAUUUUGAACUUUUAACAAAUGUGUUGAACCAAACCAAAGACUUCCUAGCAAAGAUCAAUGGUGAUGAAAGAGACGGAGGGGGAUUGCAAAGAGUGAAGCGAGAUCAUAGACUAAUCAAAGAUGGAUUUAUAGUAGAACUCUCAGAUGGAGUUCGCAAAUUUAGACAUCUUUUCUUGUUCAAUGACUACAUCAUAUGUACAAAGAGAAAGAUAACAGCUAGGAGCGAGCAAUACGUGUGUAAAUGGUAUCUCUCCCUGCACGAUUUACAGUUCCAGCCCACAGAGAACUCAGAAGCGCCACAAGUUAUACCAGUGACAAGCAAAGGUGACUUUGAUUUACUGAAAAGCAGGAUUGCAAGCACCAAAGCAGAAAUCCGACGAGAAGAAGGAGUGAGCGGACUCAACAGUCCUGAUUCCUCACCUUCAAUGAAGCGACGUCGAGCACAAUCAGCCUCCAAAAUUGUCGAGAAACUGAAAAGGCGGCUAGCUGAACAGGAAGCAGCUCUUUUGUUAGCCAUUCCCAGUCUCCCGGUUACACUCUACCACAAACAGGGCAAGACAUACACAUUACUCUGUAAAACUGAUGUCGAAAGAGCAGAAUGGAAGGAAGCCAUCAUUCCUCUUUUGGAACAAAUUCAAGAUAAUACAAGUGCUGAAGUACAGCUUAGUGCGUUGGAGCUUCAUCACUUCCUAGAGGCUUGUAAGAAGCUGAGAACUCAGAGGUCAUUAGGAAAAGUAUCCAUGAAGGAAGACAAAAGUCUCCUCAAUGGACUGUUAUACGUUCAUAUACACUCUGGACGCGGAUUUCACAAAAACGAUCUCAGUUGCGUGAUAGAAGUUGAUCAUUAUGGACAGUUUGUUCGUAAAGCCAGGACAAAAACGUGUAAAGCUUCAACUGACCCUGUAUGGGACCAGGACUUCGAUGUCGAGGUAGAAGGAACAAGAGAACUCAAGCUGCAUGUUUAUAGCAAAAGCAGACUUAAUUUUGAUGAACACUGUGCGCAAGGAAAAAUAGAGCUUGUAAAGGAAAAUUUGAGGGAUCUGAAGAAACAGACCAUCACAAUAACCUUAGACAAGCAGGGUGCGGUAACGCUAUCACUACAGUAUUCCAAGACACCUCAUGGGAUUCAACGGAAGAAAUCUUACAGCGAGAAAGGUGUUUUUGGAGUUGAUAUUGCUACAGUUUCAAAACGAGAAGAAAGUGAUAUUCCCUUAGUUGUGAUUGGUUGUGUACAGGAAAUUGAGAAAAGAGGAAUAGAAGAAGUAGGAAUUUAUCGCUUAUCAGGAGCAACUUCAGAUGUCCGAAGGCUAAAAGACGCGUUUGACAACAACAGUCAAAGUGCUUUAGUGCAAGUUGCUGAGGCGGACAUCCAUGCUGUGGCUGGACUUCUGAAGAUGUACCUCAGGGACCUUCCAGAGCCACUCUUUACCGACGACCUUUAUAUCAAGUUUGUUGAAGCAAACGGAAUUAAAGAUCCCGAGGAAAAAAAGAAAAAAAUGAUGGAGUUGUUUGAAUCUUUACCCAAACCAAACCGGCUCACUAGUAUCUAUUUACUAGAUCAUCUAAGAAGAUUGAGUGAGCAUCAGGAACAGAACAAAAUGGGACAAAAUAACCUGGCAACCGUUUUUGGCCCGAACGUUCUUCGGCCUUCCUCGGCCGACACGGAUCCAACAGAUCUCGCUAAAGGAACACUCGAUGUCAUGAGUCAAGUCGGUAUCUUUCUGUGGUUCUUAAAGUUUUGCUCUCUCCAGCUCCCGGAAGAUCCACAGCUUAUGCGUAGACUGGAUCCGAAUAAAAACGUCGAAGUUGCGCCCGCGUUAGGGCAUGAGGACAGACUUAUUUGAUAUCCCACCAUGCACUUCAAAAGUUGACCUCGAUCUGAUGAUGUACUCACAAGAGCAUGUACAGUUAAAGUAAACGCGUAACAAUUAUAUGAAGGAACGAAGAACUGGGCGCACUAGUGUGUUCGCCGUAUUAGAAUAGUUAUCCUAGCUCCAAGGAGUUGCAGGUUUAAACAAUGGACGAGAAAUAUUCUCCAUUAUUUGACUUGAUUUAUAUUCGAAAUUAUAGGAGAAAACGUUGCAAAUGUUUGCACAGGUUAGUUCAUAGAUAUUUUAAUCAAAGAAAAAAUUUAGUUUACAGAUGUUUUUAUUGUUAAAGUUUUAGUUCUUUCAAAAUGGUUUUAUCUGUUUUAUUUUCGUAAUGUUGAAAUUCUACUCGAUAUCUUUAUUCGAUUUUUACACUUGAUUUUCGUGAAAAUGAAUGUUUAUUAAGACCUUUUUGUUCGUCUCCGUUAGUAAAGGAAGUCAUGAGACGGAAUUCUUAGCUGCUAGAUCAUGACCAGUUCAUCUUGCUUAGCUUUGUCCUCCGAACUAGUCAGAAGGCGCUCAGCGGAAGUUAGUUCUAUUUCUGUAAGCUAACUUUUCAUUGCGCUUCUCUGAGAGGGACCAAGCUGAUAAAGACAAACUGUUCGUAAUGAUGAAAUUUUGUUGAUAAUUCUUACUACUUUUUCAUGAAAGGUCUUUUGAAAUAGAUUGUUCAGGUUUGUCAACCAACCUUUUUGACGCAUAUGCUAAAUUUCUACUUUAAAUUAUGAUUCAGUCAACUUUCAGGAAAUGGAUCAAAAGAUUGUACUAUUCUAAGCGGUUAUUAUAUAUCCUAUAUACGAGCAACAAAAAAGGUAUCAACUAUACUAUGUCCUGAACAGAUAUUCGCAUUUUUAUAUGACGUAUAUAUUCGAUCAGUAGUCUUAGGCGUAAGUAAAAAAAGUCUCAGUUCUAAAUACGGAGGAGCUCUAAUAUCGAGUAGGAUUAUUUAUCAAACACCAAAUAUAUUAAGUUAUUUUAAUUGUAAAUUAAGGCGAAAAAUGUCGGUUGAAAUAAUUGAGCAAGAUAAACUUAUUAAGCAAGUAUUUUUGUCGACAGAAUUUCAAAAGAUUUCCUAUACACUCUUAAUGUUUUAGGUGAAAUCUAACCUAUUAUAGCAAUACUUUUACUGAGUUUCAAAAGCCAUGCGGAAUUGUCUGGUCUGUGAUUGGUUAAAGAAACUUUGUCCACAUCUCAAAUGAGAAGAUACAACAAUUAACCAAUCGUAGCAUGGUCACUCGCGUGAUAUUGGCGUGCUCCUAAUUGGCUGAAAUUUAGCAGGUUUGCUCUGGUUGAUGAACUGCAGGACGUUUCAAAUUCGAUCAUGGCAGAAACAGAGGAAUAGUAAAUGGAAAGGCUUAUGUGACGUUAUUUUGACGUUAAUGUUAAAGGAAAAUGACGUCAAUUUGAUGUCAUUGACAUGAAAGAAGAAAGUUGUUUACAGUAGCAUGGAAAUUACAAAUUCUAAACUGACUGUAAUCUUAAAGAAAUGGAAUGGUACAGUGUGUUGGAAGUUAAAGCUGUUGUAAACAAUUUUGAUAUUAAAAAAAAAAAAACGUUUGUUUC